AUGGAAAGCAUCCAUGAAUUCCCAAGUUUGUGUCAAAUCGUGGUUGGAAAAAUAUUUCAUUUCUUCGGGUUCGAUCCAGUCAAAGAAAAGGUUCGUUUGGGGUUCGAUCGAGUCAAAGAUUAUGUUGGUUUGGUGUUGCUUCAUUUGGGGUUCUAUCGAGUCAACAUAAGGGUUAUCUCUUGUUUUAUCAAUAUCAUAUGCCCUUGUAGAUUUUUAUGGCGUAUCAGCAAUAGUUUUCCAGGGUGUAUAAAAAAAACUCUCUCCUGGCCGUUUACCAAAAUUUACAGCUGGUUUGAAGAUACUCUGGAUGAGUUUUUUUAUGUGUCCCUUGAGCCAUUCACUAAGGAGCUAUGGGAAUUCAUCUUCAGUGAGCUAAAGAAGAAAGCCGAGUUCGCAGAUAAUCCAGAAACUGCAAAGAGGAUAUCGUCGGCCAGAGGCGAGUGGGCUUUGACGGAUACCGAUUCUGAGCACGAUCGUAGCAAGAUACUCAGGUAUGUGAGUGAUGUUCCAUAUGAUGAGAGCAUUCUCUUGUGGCACAUUGCGACUGAUCUAUGCUACCAAACUGAAAAGGAGGAGACCAAGUCGAAAAACGGUGGCGAGAAUCUGAAAUACAUGCACUUCAGCAAAAUACUGUCGGAUUACAUGCUGUAUCUUCUCAUAUUUCAGCCGACCAUGAUGUCCGCCGUGGCUGGUAUCGCGAAGAUAAGAUUCCGAUACACGUGUGCGGAGGCUAGAAUUUUCUUUCAGAGACGGAAUUUACGUCGAAACGAAGACAAGAAGCCUUGCGGAGAAAUAUUGUCGGUGAAUACGGAUGUUGUACCUGAGCAAGUGAAGGGAGACCGAAGCAAAUCGGUGUUCUUCAGUGCAAGCAUACUGGCCAAAGAGCUGAAGAGGAUGGACGAUGAAGACAAGGAGAAUAAGUGGAUGAUAAUGAGCAGAGUGUGGGUGGAACUAGUGUCGUACGCGGCGAGUCGUUGCAGAAAAAAUACACACGCUGCAGAGGUAAGCAAAGGUGGACAGCUUAUCUCCUUCUUUUGGUUGUUGAUGGUUCACUUUGGUCUUGGGGAGCAGUUCCAGAUCAACGAAGGACUUGCAAGAGCCAAAUUGAUCAUAGAAAAGUAA